CCUGUGUGUCGGUGUGUCGGUGACUUGCUGGAUGGACUAUGGCCUGGUCUGACCACAUGCUCUCCGCGCUGGAGUCGCUCUGGCGCGGGACCAUUCUCUUAUGGCGCCUCAUCUCCAGGAUGUUGUACCCCGUACUGGGAUUUGGCUCGAGAAUGUUACUCUUUAGCAAGUUUUGGAGACGUAAACCUGAAGUCAGCGACGAAAACAAAGGCCUAAGUGUCCCCGAACAAGCGCUGGAGUCUGUGUGUGAGGGUCAACAUGAGGCUGCUGCGGGGAAAAGGGCCGCAGCCUUCGAGCCGGAGCCUUUCAGCAAGCGGCAGAGGUUUGAGGAAGAGGAGGAGGAGGAGGAAGAUGAGUUUGACAGCGAAGAGUAUCGCGUGGAGACCACGGAUGAGUUGUACUGUGGAUAUGAUUCGACGUGGGAGACCGAGCAGGACCAGGAGAGCUCGUUCAGGGGCAGCAGGCGUCCAGCAGCCCACAGAUAUUCCAAGUUCAGCAGCUUUGAAAGGGCAGCAAAAGACAUGCAGAACUACAGGCACAACUACCCUAACCAAACCAGGGUUCAGCGCUGGAGAACACAAUCAUCUGAUGACAAGCCGAACCUGAACUUCUACCUCGGACACUCACCCACUUUACCGGAUGGUGUCUAUAUACAUCAUUUCCACGACGACUGGUAUGGAGACUAUGACACACUGGAGUUUGUGCACACCUAUAUUCAGUGGUUGUUCCCGCUGCAAGAACCAGGGAUGAACUAUGAGGCCACUCCACUGACGAAGGAAGAAGUUGAGGAUUUUCUUACAAGCAGCACUGCAAAGGAAAAUCUGCUGAAGUCAUACAAGCUCAUGUUGGACUUUUACGGCAUCGAGUUGUUUGAUGAGAAAACAGGAGAAGUGAGGAGAGCGCGGAACUGGAGAGACAGAUUCAACAACCUGGACAGUCACACACAUAACAACCUGCGCAUCACACGCAUCCUGAAGUGCCUGGGAACUCUGGGAUACCGUCACUACCAGGCCCCUCUGGUUCAGUUCUUCCUGGAGGAGACUCUCGUCAAGAGACAACUUCCACGUGUCAGGGAGAGCGUCCUCAACUACUUCCUGUUUGCUGUCCUCGAUAAAGGUCAGCGUAGGAAACUCAUCAAGUUCGCCUUUUUGAAGUAUGACCGUAAAGACGAGUUUGUGUGGUGCCCAAAGAAAAUCCAAAUGCAGUGGUCUGAUUAUAAAAGAGAUGCUCACGACUUGAGUCCCUCUGUGGAGUGUCUGAGUCCCCAAUAUGAAACCCAACUUUGAUAACAACAUUUAAGGUUGAUUUUUGACAACAUCAAUGAAGCCCUAAUUCAAGUCAAUGAAUGCUGAUAUAAAUAAUCAGUUCACACAAAGCAACCAAUGAUCAGGUUUGGUAAAGUUACUCCUAUAAUGGUUUCUUUAUUUUUUCACAAAAGCACAAUUCUUUAAGCAAAUGUGUUUGUCUACUGUCGCAUUCAGUGUCCUGGCUUUUAUUCAUAUUUAAUUUUUGUUCUUACUUUCCACAAAGAGAAAUGCAAAUGCACAGUGUUCUGAAGACCAUGUGUUUUACACAAAGAGCUGCUGCUAUGAUGUGCACACGCUGAACACAAAGGACUGUAAGAACUGCUCAUCGGUAACUUGUCAUUAAAGACUUCUCAUGUCGGAAA